UUCAUUGAGAGGCGGGGUCCUGCUGCUGUGCUGUCUUUGUGUUGACAUCUGCGGGGAUCCAGAGUGUUUGAAUGGAUAUUACCAGGUGCACGGAGAAAUGGGUGAAACAAGAAAAGGAGAGGCCUCCAACCUCCAUAAUGCAGUCUAACAAGAAGUCAGAUGCUGGCUCCUCUUCCUCCUCCUCUUCAUCCUCUGCUGGUGCAGCAGCAGGGGGUGAAAGGGCUCCAGUAUCGGAUGCCCAGACUGGUACCUCAACCUCAGCUGCAGGAGCUUUGGAUGUAAAAAAGAAGGAGAGGUCAUCCCCUAGUGGGGAAUCUGGAGGAACCCCCUUGCCCCACCAGGCGGGCCCUGGGGGGGCAGAUCCGGACUCGGCUGAAGUCCGCAGGACAAGUCGACGGAAGCGAGCGAAAGUGGAAUACCGCGAGAUGGACGAAAGUCUCGCCAAUCUGUCGGAAGACGAAUAUUACUCUGAGGAGGAGCGAAACGCCAAGGCAGAGAAGGAGAGGAAGCAAGUGAUCCCUCCUCCACCUCCACCGGUAGAGGAAGAGAAUGAGAGUGAACCAGAGGAACCCUCUGGUGUAGAAGGAGCUGCUUUCCAGAGUCGCCAUCCUCACGACCGCAUGACAUCCCAGGAGGCCGCCUGCUUCCCUGACAUCAUCAGUGGUCCCCAGCAGACUCAGAAAGUCUUCCUCUACAUCCGCAACCGCACACUCCAACUGUGGCUGGACAACCCUAAGAUCCAGCUGACCUUUGAGGCCACAGCACAGCAGCUUGAAGCUCCAUACAACAGCGAUGCUGUGCUGGUGCACAGGAUACACAGCUACUUGGAAAGGCAUGGUCUCGUCAACUUUGGCAUUUACAAGAGGGUGAAGCCUUUACCAACUAAGAAGACUGGGAAGGUUAUAGUAAUUGGUGGUGGUGUGUCCGGCCUCGCUGCAGCCAGGCAGCUCCAGAGCUUUGGGAUGGAUGUCACAGUAUUAGAGGCCAGGGACCGUGUUGGAGGCAGAGUGGCCACGUUUAGGAAGGGAAACUAUGUUGCUGAUCUGGGAGCAAUGGUGGUGACAGGCCUGGGAGGGAACCCCAUGGCAGUGAUCAGCAAGCAGGUUAACAUGGAGCUGGCCAAGAUCAAGCAGAAGUGUCCACUGUAUGAAGCCAAUGGCCAGGCUGGGGAACGGUGCACAAGCGUGCCAAAAGAAAAAGAUGAAAUGGUCGAGCAAGAGUUCAACCGACUGCUGGAGGCCACCUCCUACCUCAGCCACCAGCUGGACUUCAACUUCCUCAACAACAAACCUGUUUCUCUGGGACAGGCCCUGGAGGUGGUCAUACAGCUGCAGGAAAAACAUGUAAAAGACGAGCAAAUCGAACACUGGAAGAAGAUUGUAAAGACUCAGGAAGAUCUCAGGGAUCUUCUCAACAAGAUGGUGUCGGCUAAGGAGCGGGUGAAGGAGCUCCACCAGCAGUAUAAAGAAGCCAGUGAGGUCAAACCACCCAGAGACAUCACGGCUGAGUUCCUAGUGAAGAGCAAACACCGGGACCUCACCUCCCUCUGCAAAGAGUACGACGAGCUGGUGGAGACGCAGGCUAAAAUGGAGGAGAAGCUGCAGGAGCUGGAGGCCAAUCCACCGAGUGAUGUUUACCUGUCGUCCAGGGAUCGGCAGAUCCUUGACUGGCACUUUGCCAACCUGGAGUUUGCCAACGCUACACCCCUCUCCACCCUCUCUCUCAAGCACUGGGAUCAGGACGAUGACUUUGAGUUCACCGGCAGCCACCUGACGGUGAGGAACGGCUACUCGUGUGUCCCCGUGGCCCUGGCUGAAGGCUUGGACAUCAAACUGAACACAGCAGUGCGGCAGGUCCGGUACACAGCAUCUGGCUGCGAGGUGAUAGCAGUCAACACUCGCUCCACGACCCAGACCUUCAUCUACAAGUGCGACGCUGUUCUGUGCACCCUGCCCCUCGGAGUGCUGAAGCAGCAGCCCCCCGCUGUGCAGUUUGUUCCCCCGCUGCCCGAGUGGAAAACAUCUGCCAUACAGAGGAUGGGCUUCGGCAACCUCAACAAGGUGGUGUUGUGUUUUGACCGUGUGUUCUGGGACCCGAGCGUCAACCUGUUCGGUCACGUCGGCUCCACCACAGCAAGUCGGGGCGAACUCUUCCUCUUCUGGAACCUUUACAAAGCCCCGAUCCUACUCGCUCUGAUGGCCGGCGAGGCCGCUGGCAUCAUGGAGAACAUCAGUGAUGACGUCAUCGUGGGCCGCUGCCUGGCCAUUCUCAAGGGAAUAUUUGGAAGCAGCGCUGUGCCGCAGCCGAAGGAGACUGUGGUCACCCGUUGGCGUGCCGACCCCUGGGCGCGAGGCUCCUACUCGUACGUGGCGGCAGGUUCCUCGGGCAACGACUACGACCUGAUGGCACAACCCAUCACGCCGGGGCCGGCCAUACCCGGAGCAUCACAGCCCGUCCCCCGUCUGUUCUUCGCCGGCGAGCACACCAUCAGGAAUUACCCGGCCACGGUUCACGGCGCCCUGCUCAGCGGGCUCCGGGAGGCCGGACGCAUCGCGGACCAGUUCCUCGGUGCCAUGUACACGCUUCCCCGACAGGCCACUCCGGCGAUCGCCAGCAACCCUCCACAGGCCCAGCCCACCCCCAGCGUCUGA